AAAAAAAAAAAAAAAUUUGAAGGUCAUGCUGAUUCAUCGGAUCUAUGGAUUUUCUGCGUACAGGAUACGUUUAGUUCUGUCACUUUAACAAGGACACUCGUUUCUCUAUAUAUAAUUGAUUAAACCGAUUGGAAUAAACGACUCGUCUACUGACACUUGCUUCUUAACAUGUCUUUCAUUUCGUACAUCGUGUUCUUUUUCUUUAUAUCUCAAUGCAGCUUUUGCGCAUCCGAUUUCCAUGCUGUGCAGAAUACCGAACAAUCAAGAUCUUUGUCAGAUGUUGUGCAAAGAAACAUCGAUGCUGAGCAUGCAACUUCCGACGAGGAGAAGAAAAGUAAAGAGGGCAUUUAUAACAAGGAACAAUUAGGAUUUAACGAACGUAAGCGAGAUGAAAAGAGAUACGGCAAUCAAGAUACAGCACGCAAAGGGCAUGACAAAGGAAGACACAGUUUAGGAGACUCCGAAGUGGUCGAUCAUGAGAAGAAUUCUUUUGAACAGCAUGGUAGUGGAUAUUACAAAAAAGGCCAUCACCGGACCGGUUUCAGUAACAAUUACCAUAAAGACGAGUCAGGAAAUAAUUCAAGCUUUUACGAGGACAGCGAUGACGAAGGAGGGCAUAGGUCGUCUGGGAAUACUGGUGGAUAUUAUGGGCAAAAGUUGCAGAACUCGUUCAGAGACGGUUCGCGCGACGCAUCUUACUUUGAAAAAGAUAAAGCACAACGGGGAUUAUAUGACAAUAGCAAGAUUAUUAAUAAUUAUCAUGAUCACGCCAGAGGAUAUAACAAUGAUCGAUAUACAAAUGAUAGAAGAAACUAUUUGAGAAACCAAGAGGCACAAUAUUAUUUUGACAAAAAUAACGGAGAUGUGUAUAAUCAUAAAGAAAGACAUUAUUCAAUUCCUUAUCGUAAUAACGAUCGUGUACCUUUCUUUGGAUAUUUACGUCAUUACGCAGAUACAUUACCUGGAAGCUAUUACAGAGAAGAUCCUUACGUCAAACUUUAUUCAAAAGAUUAUAGAUAUUUUCCAUAUCGACAGAGAGAUUACGAACAAGAAAUAUAUUAUCCUCAUAGAGGUGUUUACGCUAGAAGUAAUCGGGGUGAUUUUUACGAUAAUAGAUAUUUGGAAAAAUACAGAAACGGUUUUGAUAAUAGAUAUCAUCAAAUUUGAAACUUGAUUUUGCAAGGUAGAUAGAUGUAAACGGUAAUGAUUAAAAAUCCAUGUUUGUGUUAUUAGCAAUAAAACUGUCUUUUAUGUCCAUGCUUA